AGCUGCCGAUAAAUUCCCCGAGGUCGCGUUUUUGGUGAUUAGUUGGUUUCCGUUUGUUUCGCGGAUGGUCGAGCAUCGGCGAUGAUGUUAUUUAUGUAAACAAAACGCUUGGACCGGGUUUCGUGCGCGGCUCUCGCCGGAUGCCGGGCACAACAACCGCGUGAGGAACUGUCCCCACGUCUCAACAGCCAGGCAGCAUUUGCACGGGCUUGCGAGAGUCGGUUAUUGACUGUUGUACCUUAACGAGAGAGCGAUGGGGGACUCCGACGAGGAGAGCGAGAAGGACCUGGCGUCCGGCCUGAACAUCACUGGCUUCCUCUUCGGCAACAUCGACGACAACGGCCAGUUGGAGGACGAUAUCUUGGAUCCCGAAGCCAAGCAGCACCUAGCUUCGCUCGGCCGCCUCGGUCUGAGUUCGUUCAUCAACGAGAUGAUGUCCAGUGACAGCAACACCGACGAGAAGGAGAACGGCAAGGUGGACGAGAAGAAGGAUGAUCAACAGGGUGCCAUUGCGAACGACAUGGAUAUGGAUUACUUGGCGAAAUCACCCACCGCGCUAGAUUUCUCGGAUAUAAACGAGUUGGCAGACGAUACGAAUGAUGAAGUCUCCAAGAGUAAUGGAUUUGAUAAGAAGAUAGAUAAGGAGAGUGUAGAUUACGACGCCGACGACGAGGAGGUUGUCAGUAAAUCUGAUACGCAAUUAAUGCCACCGCCGCCGAUACCGGAGGAGAGGGAGGCAUUGACUGCCGAGGAAGCUGAAGCUGCACGCCAACGUAAAUUGGAGACCCCGCUCGCCUCCAUGCUGCCAUCCAAGUAUGCCAAUAUCGACGUCACCGAGUUGUUUCCGGAUUUCCGCGCCAACAAAGUGCUCAGAUUCUCGCGACUGUUUGGUCCCGGCAAGCCGAGCAGUCUGCCGCAGAUAUGGAGGGGUGUUAGGAAGCGGCGCAGGAAGAAAAAGCAUCACGAUGUCAGAGAUUCCGAUUCUGGCUCGGAUCAGGACGACAAGAGGCCUAGAUUUAAGGGCUGGGUCAAGCAGUACGGUCCCGAGCCGAGCGCGGAAGCAUGUCGCUCGGACGACGAGAACAAGCUGCUGCGACCAGUGGAAGACAAGGAGCAGACCGGUAAGACGGGCGAGAGUGGAGAGAACGGCGACAUGGGACCCAAAGUGGCUGACUGGAGAUUCGGACCCGCGCAAUUGUGGUACGACAUGCUGGAAGUGCCAGAAACUGGAGACGGGUUCAACUAUGGUUUCAAGACGGUUGAAAAAGUGGAAGAGCAAGAAGACAAAUCGGAGAUCAAAGACGAGGAGAACGGCGAUGACGCGUUCUUGAUGGUGUCUCAGUUGCAUUGGGAAGACGACGUUGUCUGGAAUGGGGACGACAUAAAGCAUAAGGUAAUGCAGAAGUUGAAUAGUAAGAAUAACGCUGCCGGCUGGGUACCAUCGAGCGGCAACAGAACCGCGCAAGCCUUCAGCCAGCCCGGGAAGGGUGCUCCGGUUACUGUAACACCCAACGUUAGACUGGCCACUUCGCAAAUUACCACGCCGUUGCACAUGCAGUCUCAGAAGAGUAAGAUGAACAUGGGCAAGGGAAAUCAGCAGCAACAGCGAGAGGAGGAUGACACCUGGUAUUCAAUAUUUCCAGUAGAAAACGAGGAACUUGUUUACGGCUUGUGGGAGGAGGAGGUCAUUUGGGAUCCCGAAAGCAUGAGAAAGAUCCCGAAACCGAAAAUCCUUACGUUGGAUCCAAACGACGAGAACAUAGUUCUCGGUAUACCGGACGACAUUGAUCCAGCUCUCCUCCACAAGGACAACGGUCCGCAACCUAAGGUAAAAAUCCCGCAUCCGCACGUCAAGAAGAGCAAGCUGCUGCUGGGCAAAGCGGGCGUCAUCAACGUCCUCGAGGAGGACACGCCACCGCCACCGCCGAAGUCACCCGACCGGGAUCCGUUUAACAUAUCAAACGACACGUAUUACAUGCCCAAAUCCUCGGAAACUACGUUGAGGCUGAAGGUCGGCGGCGGCAAUUUGAUACAACACAGCACCCCGGUGGUGGAGCUGCGCGUACCUUUCGUACAAACGCACAUGGGUCCAAUGCGACUGAGAAACUUUCACAGGCCGCCGUUGCGGAGGUUCAGCCACGGGCCGUUGGCUCAUCCAGGACCUCACGGUGUCUUGCCGCUACUGAAGCACAUCAAGAAGAAGGCUAAGCAGCGAGAGCAUGAAAGAAUUACUUCCGGCGGUGGCGAUGUGUUCUUCAUGAGAACACCCGAUGACUUGACUGGACGGGACGGCGAGUUGGUGCUGGUGGAAUUUUCGGAGGAGCAUCCACCGCUUAUGAAUCAGGUCGGCAUGUGUUCUAAAGUGAAGAACUAUUACAAGAGACGAGCCGGCAAGGAUCAGGGGCCGCAAACAUAUAGAUACGGAGAAACGGCUUACGCUCACACCAGUCCUUUCCUGGGAAUUCUUACGCCUGGUCAAAGCAUCCAAGCCGUCGAGAACAACAUGUAUAGAGCUCCAAUUUACGAGCACAAGAUCCCCGAAACCGAUUUCUUAGUCAUAAGAACGAGACAGCAAUAUUAUGUUAGAGAAGUGGAUGCCCUCUUUGUUGCUGGACAAGAGUGUCCGCUUUACGAAGUUCCUGGACCAAACUCGAAACGAGCGAACAACUUCGUCCGAGAUUUUCUACAAGUGUUCAUAUAUAGAUUAUUCUGGAAGUCACGGGAUACUCCUCGACGAAUUAAGAUGGAUGACAUAAAGAAGGCUUUUCCAUCUCACAGCGAGAGUAGUAUAAGAAAAAGAUUGAAGCUGUGCGCGGACUUCAAGAGAACCGGCAUGGAUUCCAACUGGUGGGUAAUAAAACCGGACUUCAGAUUACCAACGGAGGAGGAGAUCCGCGCUAUGGUGUCGCCGGAGCAGUGCUGCUCUUAUUUCAGCAUGAUCGCGGCCGAGCAGCGCUUGAAGGAUGCCGGCUAUGGCGAAAAGUUCUUGUUCACUCCACAGGACGACGAUGACGAGGAUAUGCAGCUGAAAAUGGACGACGAGGUGAAAGUGGCGCCGUGGAAUACGACGCGCGCCUACAUCCAAGCCAUGAAAGGAAAGUGUCUACUGCAAUUGGCGGGUCCGGCCGAUCCAACUGGCUGCGGCGAAGGCUUCUCUUAUGUUAGAGUGCCGAAUAAACCGACUAUUAGCAAGGAGGAGCAAGAGGCUCAACCGAAAAGAACUGUAACUGGGACAGACGCGGACUUGCGAAGAUUGUCAUUGAACAACGCGAAAGCGUUACUGCGAAAGUUCGGCGUACCCGAGGAGGAGAUCAAGAAGUUGUCACGUUGGGAAGUGAUCGACGUGGUGCGAACUCUGUCAACGGAAAAGGCGAAGGCCGGCGAGGAGGGCAUGACGAAGUUUUCACGCGGCAAUCGUUUCUCUAUCGCCGAGCAUCAGGAACGUUACAAGGAGGAGUGCCAGCGAAUCUUCGAUCUGCAGAAUCGCGUGCUGUCGUCGAACGAAGUGUUAAGUACGGACGAGGGCGAGAGCUCGGAAGAGGACAGCUCGGAUAUCGAGGAAAUGGGUAAGAACAUCGAGAACAUGUUGUCGAACAAAAAGACCAGCACGCAGCUGUCACUGGAGCGGGAGGAGCAGCAGCGGCACGAGCUGCGAAAGAUGCUGAUGGGCGAGGCGCAGGAGCAGGAGAGCAAGAAGGGCAAGGAGAGCAAAAAGAAGGACGAGGAGGAGGACAGCCCGGUUAAUAACUUCAAUUCGCAGCAGGGUCGCGUACUAAAGAUCUACCGCACGUUCCGCAAUCCGGAGGGCAAGGAGUACACGCGGGUCGAGUUAGUGAGGAAGCCCGCCGUGAUCGACACGUACAUCAAGAUCCGUAACUCGAAGGACGAGACGUUCAUCAAGCAGUUCGCAACGUUGGACGAGGCGCAGAAAGAGGAGAUGAAGCGGGAGAAGCGUAGAAUUCAGGAGCAGUUGCGGCGAAUCAAGCGAAACCAAGAGCGGGAGCGUAUGCUGGGCGGACCGCCGAUAGUGAACGGCGGCAGCAUCAACAACUCGAGCAACAAUAUUUUCGAUCGCAGCAACACUAACACCCCGACUACCACUUCCUCAACUAGUAUCCUUCCAUUCUGUAAUUUCCAAUCUUCCACUUCCACCGCCCCCACACCCAAACAUCCCAAGCCGGAGGUGUCACCUCCCAAGCGUAAAAAGCCUAAACUCAAGCCAGAUCUUAAGCUCAAGUGCGGCGCCUGCGGCAACGUCGGCCACAUGCGCACCAACAAGGCCUGUCCGCUCUACCAGAACAGCAUCGCCACCGCGCCUGUCAACGUCGCGAUGACCGAAGAGCAGGAGGAGGAAAUUGAGAAGCAGCUGAACAGUGACGAUCAGGAUCUGGUUAAUGUCGACGGCACCAAGGUAAAGCUGUCCUCAAAAUUGAUCAAGCAUGCCGAGGAGAUGAAGAGGCGUACACUGUUGCUCAAAGUGCCGAAGGAAGCGGUGAAUUCGAAGAAACGCAGGAAACCACCGACAGACGACCAUUGCGAUUAUUUGAAACGCCAUCAAAGGCCGGUUAACAGGCGUAGAACUGAUCCAGUUGUGGUGAUGUCAACGAUACUGGAGAGCAUUCUGAACGAAAUGAGAGAUCUGCCGGAUGUGCAACCGUUCCUAUUCCCGGUCAAUGCUAAAGUGGUCCCCGAUUAUCACAAGAUCAUACAGCGGCCCAUGGAUCUGCAGACCAUACGUGAAAAUUUGAGGAUGAAAAAAUAUCAAAGCAGGGAGGAGUUCCUGGCGGAUGUUAAUCAGAUCGUGGAGAACUCGACGCUUUAUAAUGGAGCGAAGAGUUCAUUGACUGUGGCCGCCAAGAGAAUGUUGGACACGUGUGUUGAGAGGCUCGGCGAAAAGGAGGAUCGUUUGAUGAGGCUGGAGAAGGCCAUCAAUCCUCUUCUGGACGACAAUGACCAAGUUGCCCUCACUUUUAUCUUGGACAAUGUUGUCAACAAUAAGCUGAAAUCCAUGACAGAAGUGUGGCCGUUCAUGAAGCCUGUCAAUAAAAAGAUGGUGAAGGAUUACUACAAUAUUGUCAAGAGGCCGAUGGACCUAGAAACGAUAUCUAAAAAAGUUUCUGCACACAAAUAUCACAGUCGUCACGAAUUUCUUAGAGAUAUCGAACAGAUCUUGGAGAAUUGCAUACUUUAUAAUAGCAAGGAUUCUCCACUCACAAGUAAAGCAGAGUUGCUGGUUAAAGUGUGUAAAGAUACAUUAGAAGAGUACGAUGAGCAUCUGACGCAACUAGAGAACAAUAUAUUGCUCGUGCAAAAACGGGCAAUGGAACAGGCGGACAUAGAUUCCUCGUGGCUUUGUCCGGAUGAGGAAAACUACACUAUCACGGAACCUGAAUACAGAGGCAGCCAGACUAGUUCUCCGGAGAAUCCAUUUGGCAAAUCAAAUAUGGAUGACUUCGAUUUUGUCGAUGUAGAAGGAGACAUGGAAGACAUGGAGAGGAGAUCGAAAAAGAAGGAUGUGCUCGAAGAAGAUCUUCAAUUCUCCAGCGAAGAUGAGUUCGACGAGGUGCCGUUCGGCACAGACGAGCAUUCCGAGCAAAACGAAGCGGAGGCGCUGGAGUUAAGCGAGGUCAGGGAAGAAGGUGUCGUAUUGGCGGACGAUGACAGUCAACAGGCCGCCGAGGCGAUGGUUCAAUUAGGAAACGUCGGUUUUUACAUGGGCGAGCAGCAGCUACUUCAGCAAGAUGAGAGCAUGGACGUUGAUCCAAAUUACGAUCCAUCGGACUUUCUGUUGGCCGGUUUACCAGCCAGAGACGAUAAAGGCGAGAAUAAGAUCCAGGAUGACCUGGCCGUUUCCGAAAGCGAUGAUGACGCCGAGAACGCCAUGUCCAAGCAAGAACCACAGCAGAAUCAGCAACAACUGCCGCAACCAGACGAGGACGUUGGCGGUGAUUUGUGGUUUUAAAUGAAAAGUUUAUUUUGAAAUAACGAGACUCGUGUGUUUAAUCUAUUUAAUAAUGGGUUACGUAUAUAGUUAAAGACUAAAUGAAUUCUUAAGUCUAUCUUGUAAGAUCCGAGGAAUUUGGGAGUUACAUUAUGUGCAUACGUGUGUAUAGAGACUUGUAAAUAUAGAAUAAAAUAUUGUUUUUUUUUUA